ACUCAGUCAACAAAUUUUCUCUCAAUUUCUCCGCGGAAAUUCAAAAAUCCCAGUAAGUUCUCUCUGCGAAUUUAGAUUUUUCUUCCUCAACCCGUCAUUCUGUUAUCUUUUGUAGCCUAAAGAACCGAUUCAGAUCACAACCGAACUCCGAUUUAUCUUUGGUUGUGAAAUAAAUCCUCUUUUCUGUUCUGGAUCUCAUUUUUUUUUAUUGAUUUUUGAGAUUCAAGAUCUUAACUUUGUGGUUUCUGGUGUAUCUUGUGUUAAAGCACUGUUCUUGAUCUUUGUUUCAUGGUUAGAAACUUAAAACUGGUGUGGGUAAUGUGAAGUUGGGUGUUGGGAUUUAGGGUUUUUGGUUCUGGGUUUGGAGUUUGUUUGAUUUGGUGGAUUGGGAUAGAGGAACUGGGGUUUAUGUAGGGAUCUAGACAUUGUUGGGUAGGAUUGUGAUGAGACGCCGCCCUGUGGCGAACGUGCCUUUAGAUUUAAUGGAGAAAGGUGCCCCCAAGAAUCAACAGACUAGGCUCUGUUGUUUAGCUGCAUUAUCUGCAUUUUUCUGGACCUUGUUAUUGUAUUUUCAUUUCGUGAUUCUAGGGGGUAGUACUGGUGAAGAGUCAGUGACGUUAGGUAAUAACAUUGUAUCCACCCCUGCCCAUAUGACCGCCCCUUUCCAUGAAUCCACUCCUCGUCCAUCUUCUCCCUCCCAGGAAUCCUUCCCUGCUCGUCCAUCCACACCUUUGCAUGAAUCUACCCCUGCCCGCAAAAAAGACACUCCCAGGAAGAUUGUGAGUGACAGCAACAAACCGGUUACUUUCCCAUUUAUGAGAGCAUUGAGGACUGUUGAGAAUAAGAGUGAUCCAUGUGGGGGAAGAUACAUCUAUGUGCAUGAUCUUCCUUCACGGUUUAAUGAGGAUAUGCUCAAGGAGUGUAAGAGCUUAAGUCUUUGGACCAAUAUGUGUAAGUUCACUAGUAAUUCAGGGCUUGGUCCUCCACUUGAGAAUGUUGAGGGUGUGUUCUCAAAUACUGGCUGGUAUGCUACAAAUCAGUUUGCAGUGGAUGUGAUAUUCAACAAUCGAAUGAAGCAGUAUGAGUGCUUGACUAAUGAUUCUUCAAUUGCUGCUGCAAUUUUUGUGCCAUUUUAUGCUGGUUUUGAUAUUGCUCGGUAUCUUUGGGGGUAUGAUAUCUCCAAAAGGGAUGCUGCUUCUCUUGAUUUGGUUGAUUGGCUGAUGAAGAGACCUGAGUGGGGUAUAAUGGGAGGGCAGGAUCAUUUUCUGGUCGCUGGUAGGAUUACCUGGGAUUUCAGGAGAUUAACUGAUGGAGAAACGGAUUGGGGUAACAAGCUUCUAUUUUUACCUGCUGCAAGGAAUAUGUCAAUGCUUGUGGUUGAGUCGAGCCCUUGGAAUGCAAAUGAUUAUGGUAUUCCUUAUCCAACCUACUUCCAUCCUGCAAAGGAUGCUGAUGUGUUCACUUGGCAAGAUCGGAUGGGAAAAUUGGAGAGGAAGUGGCUGUUCUCUUUUGCUGGUGCACCACGUCCUGACAAUCCUAAAUCAAUUAGAGGACAGAUCAUUGAUCAGUGUAAGAAGUCUAAGGUGGGCAAGUUGCUGGAAUGCGAUUUUGGGGAGAGCAAGUGUCAUUCUCCGAGCAGUAUCAUGCAGAUGUUUCAGAGCUCCCUCUUUUGCCUACAGCCUCAAGGAGAUUCAUACACCCGGCGUUCUGCUUUUGACUCAAUGUUGGCAGGUUGUAUUCCUGUGUUCUUCCAUCCUGGUUCAGCAUAUACACAGUAUACUUGGCACCUUCCCAAGAACUAUAGCACAUAUUCGGUCUUUAUCCCAGAAGAUGAUAUCCGCAAAAGGAAUGUUAGCAUAGAGGAGAGGCUUAGGCAAAUUUCUCCUGAGCAAGUGAAGAUCAUGAGGGAGAAUGUUAUAAAUCUCAUUCCAAGGCUUGUUUAUGCAGACCCUCGGUCUAAGUUGGAGACUUUUAAAGAUGCUUUUGAUGUUUCUGUACAGGCGGUCAUUGACAGAGUUACCAGGUUGAGAAAGAACAUUGUUGAGGGUCGUACAGAAUAUGAUAACUUUGUGGAGGAGAACAGUUGGAAGUAUGCUUUGUUAGAUGAAGGACAACGAGAAGUUGGAGCUCAUGAAUGGGAUCCUUUCUUCUCAAAACCAAAAGAUGAGCAGAGAGAUGAAUCUUCAGAAGCUGCAAAAAAUUCUUGGAAGAACGAGCAGAGAGAUCAAUCAUGAUUGGAAGUCCAUGAGGAAGCAGUAAAAGUUCAUGGAUCUCAAUGCCCUUGGAUGGAUUCUUAGAACAAGAACACUUGUUUUGAGUUGGUAGCUUGCAGGUAUAACUCCAAGGCCUUCUUGCGGAUUCCUUACAUAAAUUGUCUUCUAGCUUAUCCGGGCUUGAAUCCUUAUUUCAAACAAAGAAGAUAAAUUCUCUGUUUCAAAUAUAGUCUUUAAAUGAAAUUUUCACCUUUUGCAUAAUGUAUUUGCUUAUUGAUUCUUUGUUACUUAAUGUAGCUAAAUUUUCCCAAAUUUAUCUGCUUCAUAUUUUUGUCGUAACGAUACCAGAGUAAUAAUGACUGAUAACAGAU